UUCGCUUUCAGCAUCGGUCGGUCGGCACUGUUCCCCAUGUCUCAAUGUCCAAUUUCCAGAUUUACCCCAACUCGACCCUGUUUUUUUUCUUGUCCCUAGCGUAUGUAUCGCGACAUCAACCCAUCUGUAACGCUCUGCGACGCUCUGCAACUAUAGGGCUGCCGAUCGCCAACAUCCGUUCACGCAGCUUGACUGCACAUGGAUCGAUGCGUCGCAUAUGCAAUUUUAGGCCGACUCGGCAUCGGGGGACAAAUUAAUCUCUUUGGAGAUAUCACAAGUGUGUUGCAGAUGGGAAUAAAUAAAAGAGAUGUCAU